AGGAUUGGACCCCUAAUUUUGUGUGAAAAAAUUUUCAGGAAGGAAAAAGCUAAGUGUUGAGGAAAAGAGAUGGCAAUCUGGGACGAAAAGAAAGGAGCGGGAGGAAGCAGAUGAUUACUCCCCGGGCCAAGCGGUCAUUAGAGCCACCAUCCUUGCGAGAUAGAUUUGUAACAGCUCCUCAAUUACGUACUGAAUUGCUGGAAGGGAAAAUGUAUCGGUUAGUAUGAAAAAGGUGUAGCGAUGGUCAAAUGAAUUAGGACUCAGAGCUCGAAGACUAGCAAAAAAAGCCGAUUUUAACGAAGGGUAUACUCGAAUAAGGCAUUGGAACGCCUGGUCUGUGGACGAUCGGGGCGAGUUCUAUUCUUUGAUGAGUCUAAAUUCAAUUUGCUGGGAUCUGACAGUCCGUUCCCAGUGCGAAGAAGAAGAGGAGAGAUUUAACCCCCAGUGUGUUUGUAUGAACUGCAGGACAUCCUCCCUUAGUAAUGAUGUGGGGAUGCACCACAUCCAAAGUGUAAAGUUAGAAAAGUACAAAAAAGUUAUCGAUGAUUGCGUUGUUCAGACGGUAGAAGCACUGCAUGAACACUUUGAUGAAGUAAUGUUUCAGGACGAUUCGGCUCCGUUUCAUAGAGCUCGUACUGUAACAUCUCGGAAAGAGGAGGUUGGCAUACAGUCGCUGACAUGGCCAGGAAACAUUCCAGAUUUGAAUCGGUCAUAUGAAAUACUAAAGACCGAAAAUAAAAAAAAGUGAAAAUUAAUUUCUUCAAAUUUGACAUUUACCUUCAUUUACCUUUACCUUCAUUAAAAAAAUCGUUUAACAAAUGUUUUGUGUAUGUGUAUGGCCAAUGUUUUUUUGUGCUCUACUAUUAACACACAAAUCUUCGACGAACGUGCUUUUUCCCUCAAAACUUUAAUUUUCUCUUCCACCAUAUUCUUUAAAUAGAACUUCUGCUGGUGUAAAUAAUAAGAACUUCACAUGCAAUCACAUGAAGCACAACUUUAUUCUCCAGCUUCAUGAUAAACCCGAAAAACCCCUUUUUAAAUUGAAUUUUCU